UGAAUGAAGAUUGAGCUUAACACAGACUAAAACUUCCUCCUGUGUCCAACAUCUGAUGUCAGGAGAGGAUUUGAAAACAGAAACAUCAAACCAAACGACACAUCACGCUCUGACAGAGUCACUCAAUUCAUUGGGACAUGAAUAUCAUUGGCCUUUGAAUCUAGAAGGAGAAAUGUUUGUUUGUUCUGUCUGCUUGAAGAGAUUUUAAACAUCGGUAUGACCAUAAAAGCACGGAGACAGAGACACACCUGAGUGAGAGUGUUCCAGUGCACUGACUGUGGAAAGAGCUUUUAACCAUUUACACAUCCUGAAUAAAUAUUGCACCAUUCAUAGCGGGGAAGGACUGUAUAUGUGGUUUGUGUAUAAACAAGGCUUCAACUGAUGGUAGAACCUGGAGAGUUACAAGGACACCCGCAUCAUGGAGAAACCAUGGAAAUGUGGGGAGUGUGGGAAGGGGUUCCGUGCCCCCUGUGAACUGGAAACUCAUCGACGCAUUCACAGUGGGGAGAGACCAUUCACCUGCUCUGUAUGUGGGAAGGGGUUCAAUGGUUCAUCCCAGCUGCUGGCACAUCAGCGGGUUCACACGGGGGAGAGGCCAUUCACCUGCUCCGAAUGUGGGAACGGAUUCACUCAGUCAUGCAAUCUGCUGACCCAUCAGCGAGUUCACACUGGGGAGAGGCCCUACACCUGCUCUGAGUGUGGGAAGGGAUUCAGUGAUUCAUCCACACUGCGGGCACACCAGCGAGUUCACACUGGGGAGAGGCCAUUCUCCUGCUCUGAGUGUGGGAAGGGAUUCAGUCGGUUCUGCAACCUGCAGACACACAAGCGAGUUCACACUGGGGAGAGGCCAUUUACCUGCUCUGAGUGUGAGAAGGAAUUUAGUCAGCUAUCCACCCUGCAAGAACACCGGCGAAUUCACACCGGGGAGAGGCCGUUCAUCUGCUCUGAGUGUGGGAAGGGAUUCAUUCAGUCAUCCCAUCUGCUGACACACCAGCGAGUUCACACCAGGGAGAGACCGUUCACCUGCUCUGAGUGUGGGAAGAGAUUCAGUGAUUCAUCCAACCUGCUGAAACAUCAGCGAGUUCACACUGGAGAGAGGCCAUUUAUCUGCUCUGAAUGUGGGAAGGGAUUCAUUAAGUUAUCCAACCUGCUGCUACACCAACGAGUUCACACUGGGGAGAGGCCAUUCAUCUGCUCAGAGUGUGGAAAGGGAUUCACUGAUUCAGCCAUCCUGCUGAUACACCAACGGGUUCACACCGGGGAGAGGCCAUUCACCUGCUCUGAGUGUGGGAAGGGGUUCACUCAGUCAUCCCACCUGCAGACACAUCAACGAGUUCACACUGGGGAAAGGCCAUUCACUUGCUCUCAGUGUUUGAUGGCAUUCACUCGGUUAUCCAGUCUGCAGUCACACCAGCGACUUCACACCGGGGAGAGGCCGUUCACCUGCUCUCAGUGUGGGAAGGGAUUCACUCGGUUAUCCAGUGUUCAGAAACACCAGCGAGUUCACAAACACAAGGACACCUGCACCAUGGAGAAACCGUGGAAAUGUGGGGACUGUGGGAAGGGAUUUCGGGCCCCGUCUGAUCUGGCGAUUCAUCGGCGCAGUCACACCGGGGAGAGGCCAUUCACCUGCUCCAUGUGUGGGAUAGGAUUCAGCAGGUCAUCCAUCCUGCAGACACACCAGCGAGUUCACACUGGGGAGAGGCCGUUCACCUGCUCCGAGUGUGGAAAGGGAUUCACUCACUCAUGGAACCUCUUGACACACCAGCGAGUUCACACCGGGGAGAGGCCGUUCACCUGCUCCGAGUGUGGGAAGGGAUUCACUCGGUUCUCCAGCCUGCAGACACACCAGCGAGUUCACACUGGGGAGAGGCUGUUCUCUUGCUCGGAGUGUGGGAAGGGAUUCACUGACUCAUCCAACCUGUGGAAGCACCAGCGAGUUCACACUGGACAGAAGCCGUUCACCUGCUCCAAGUGUGGGAAGGGAUUCUGUGAUUCAUCACAUUUGCUGAUACACCAGCGAGUUCACACCGGGGAGAAACCAUUCCCCUGCUCUGAGUGUGGGAAGGGAUUCACUCAGUUCUCAAACCUGCUGACUCACCGGCGACUGCACACUGGAGAGAGGCCCUUCACCUGCUCUGAGUGUGGGAAGGGAUUCACUCAAUUAAUAUGCCUGCAGAAACAUCAGCGAGUUCACAAGUGAUUUCUGGGGCUGGAUUCUGCUGUUAUUGCUGAUGUUAAUGUCAUCCAGGACUGAACCAUGUUCAUUCUGACACUUGGUGAAGUGGGAGGGUCGGAGGGUUUCUUUCUGCAGGAUUGACCGCUCUCAUGACUUUGUUUCCAGUGGCUGAUGCUCUUUUAAACUUGUAGUGAAAAUCUUUUUUCAUAUUUCACAUGGAUCACAGAAUGAGAGGGUGUUUUGAAGGUAGAAUAUAUUUAGUUAGCGUUUCUGUUUGGAACCUCCCAAAGCAUGCCAUGUUGCCUUGGGGAUGGGCUGUGGGGGGUCGAAGGUUCUUUUGUUUCAUUUAUCUGGAUGUUUCUCACAGUGGAAGUUGCAGAUUGGUCUUGUGUAAUUUGAGGCUCACUUGGAGCUGGUGAGGGGAGAUUUGUCUGGCUGCGGCCAUAGGGAGAAAUCUCCAGUGGUGCCUACGGUGAAAGGCAGUUAGUCUUGUGGCAGAAAGCAGUCAGCGUGAACAGUGAGCUUGGACAGAGUUGUGAAGAAGCUGUGGGAGCCGAGUGGGAAAAAGCAGUCGGUCUGUCCAAGGUCAGCUCAACAAGGCAGUGGAAUCCUCACAGAGAGAAGAUUGAUCGGAAUAUUUAUUUAUUUAGUUUAUGGUGUGUUAUUGUUAAAUAUAUAAUUAAAAAUAUUUCAAUGCACCGGUCAUCUUAAAGCAGAUGCUAUUGGCAGGGGCAAAGGGAAGAGAAAAUACUUUAAAAAUUAAAAUGUUAAAAUGUGCAGUAAUGGUGUUGCUGAUUUGUAACAAACUCUUUUCAAGGUUACAUUUUUAAACUUUGGACUGAGUUGAAAGACUGUUUUCAGAAUGGACUCUGAGGGUCACCUGACUUUCUCCUUGUGGAUACUGGCUGGAACCACUUCCCAAGAGACAAAGACAUUCUCUGACAUAUCUACAAAAAUAGACGUUUGAAAUUCAAUGAGCAUUUCUACAAGUGUCAAUAAGAUCCAUCGACUUGAUGGUUUCCCUUUAAGGACAAUGGAGGCCCAGACUUGAAAGGCAUUUGGGAAUUCAGAGCUGGAAUGGAAUCACCACUCGUCUCACUGGGAACCUGGUUCGGGGUUUUGACACAGCGGCCAUCCUGGCUUGCCUGCCAUCAAGAAUAGAAAAGGCAGAGCAAGCUGCCGAGACACAGAUCCAUCGUGAUACAGCUUCAGAGCAGCAGAGAGGAAGCUGCUUCUCAACAGGGGGAGAGAGAGAGAGAGAAAGACAGACAGAGAAAGGGAUCCAGAAACAGCCAAAGGCUCUGCUGCCAGUAACUGGGCAGUUUGAAAGUGCUGCACCUGGACAACCAGAAACAAGAAACCUUCUCCCUGUGAACCCAACUCCAUCUACUAAGCUGACCUCUGGCCAUUCGACAGUGGAAGGCAUCACAGCGGUGGAGGCAAUCCCACAACCUCAAACCCUUCCCAUCAGACAACGUAACAGCUCGACUUGAACAAUCUCAGGCCUGCAACAAACAACAGAGACUAAACUGAUUCCAUUUUUAUAAGUAUUGUUUUAUCUUCAUCUGUAAUUAAUCUUUGUGCGUGUAUAUGUGUGUGUGUGGCUGUGUGUGUAUGUAUGUAAGUAACUUCCAGAGAAGCAGUGUGAAAUAAACUAACCCUUUCUUUGAAG